AUGAAUAACAUUUUGAGUCUUGCAGUUGUCAUCUUGGUAUUGGCCACUUUGAAUGGUACCGGAGCCAUUAAUCAUGUACCGGCACAGGAGUGGACAGAUUAUAAGGACCUUUUCCAAAAGCAGUAUCCCACCGCCGCUGCCGAGGCCUUGGCCCAAUAUUAUUAUGCCUACAAUAAACGAAUGAUCGAUAAUCACAAUAAUCUGUUCGAACGUGGCCAGAGAACCUUUAAACUGAAAAUAAAUCAAUUCACCGAUAUGCGUUUGAUACAAUUCAAUGCCUUGUUCCCCACGGUGACACCACCCACAGUGUCGAAUGCCAAACCUGGACCCGAUACCAUUGAAGCCCCCGUCUCAUAUAACCCCUCAAAGAAUUUCGGUUUUAUGUUCAAUGUGGAAAAUCAGGGCACAAAAUGCAACAGCGGUUGGGCCUAUGCUGCCGUUAAGGCCAUCGAAAUUCUCCAAGCUCAACAAGACGGUGAUGUUAGUCCCCAACCUUUGUCCGCCCAAAAUAUUCUCGAUUGUGCUGGUGGAGCCAAGGGUUGCAAAAGUCAAUUACCCCAAACUGCCUUCGAUUAUUUGACUCAAUACGGCAUGGAUUUACUAACCGAAGGUGAAUACCCCAACAAUAACAAUCAAUCUGAACCGGGUAUGUGUGUACCACGCGGUACAAUUGUCACCAAUUUGGCACAAUAUUCUGUGAUCCCCGAUGGUGAUGAUGAUGCAUUGAGGCGUUAUGUUGCCGCCGGUUUCCCUGUUGUGGUCGAAUUCAAUCCAGCCUCUUUUGAAUUUAUGCAUUAUGGGGAGGGUAUCUACCAACCAUCGAAUAGCCGUACUCGUGGUUCUCAUUUUAUGGUUGUCAUUGGUUAUGACACAGAUGUCAAUACCGGGAUGGACUAUUGGAUUCUGCAGAAUUCUUUCGAUGCCAGCUGGGGUGAACAGGGCAUUUUACGUUUGCGCCGUGAUGCCACAAUUAAGCUGGCCAAAAAUGCCAUAUUCCCAUCGCAAUUGGGUCAGGCCCAGGUGGGACAAUAUUGA